GCAGUGAGCAAUAGUUCACUAGAUGUGGGAUACGGAGUGGGAUCUGCAGCAGAACAAGAUCAGAUAGCAGAUAUACUAAGAAAGUGUGAGACACAUGGAAGAAGAGAGACUGUCGACUGCACAUGACUCUAAAAUGAGCUGUGAGGAAUUGAUUUUUUGAUUGGACUGGACCCCACAGGCCAUGUGAGCCCUAUAUACAUUUAAUUUGGGAUAGCUGUGAUUAAGUCAUUGUGCUAUUUUGAGGGUCAAAAUUAUGACUUCGGCGCUUGACUAAAGUCAUUUUCUAAUUUCUGGUCUGAUUCUGAUCAUCAGUGGGAGUCAUUGUAAUGCUCUCCUCACUGAGUGGAGAAAGAGACGUGUUAAAAUUAGGGGACAUAGACAUGAAGGUGCUCUGCAGCCAUUUACUUUUAUGCCUCAGGAGGAUAGAGUGGUUCUACCCAUAACAGAAGAGAAGAGUUGAAGGAAGCCUGAGGAGAAACAUGCAGCAGUUUGGAUAAAGAAGAUCGGGAGAUCUGGAAGAAAAGGAAGGCGGGGAAUCAACAUUUAUCGGAAACACUUGCACACAAGGAAACUACAGUUGUGCCUCACGUCUCAAUUCCAGCUGACACUGUGUGUGUUGGACGGGCAAUUCCUGCGAGCCUGGUCAGUUUUGUAUGAGCUGGGCUGAUAGUGUGAAGCAAACGUGGCUGUGCCCCACUGAGGCAUGAGUGUGGGAAGGGCCCACCACCACAGCUUCGUGUCCUGUGAAGAAGAAGGCCUGAGACUAAGUAACAUGCCUGCUGUGUGCAGCUUCGGCAAUGGCAAGAUCCACACGAGACGCAAGUACCAUGGGCGGUUCGUCACCAAGACUGGCCAAUGCAACAUCCACUUCUCAAACAUGGAUGAGAAGUCACAGCGGUACAUAUCUGACAUUUUCACAACUUGUGUGGACAUCCGCUGGCGAUACAUGUUCCUGCUGUUCAGCAUGGUGUUUGUGAUGUCCUGGUUAACAUUUGGCAUGGCAUUCUGGGUCAUUGGCCUCCUACACGGUGACAUGGACCACGCUGGGGUGGACGACAAUUUUGUUCCUUGUGUCACUCAGGUCAACACCUUUGUGGCAGCUUUCCUGUUCUCUAUUGAGACCCAGACAACCAUUGGGUAUGGUGCUCGUUGUGUGACAGAGGAAUGCCCGGCUGCUGUCUUCAUGGUUGUCUUUCAGUCCAUCAUGGGCUGCAUCAUCGACGCCUUUAUGAUUGGGGCUAUCAUGGCCAAGAUGGCGCGGCCCAAAAAGCGAGCACAGACUCUACUAUUCAGCCACAACGCAGUCAUCGCUUUACGCGAUGGGAAGCUGUGUCUCAUGUUUCGGGUUGCUAAUUUAAGGAAGAGCCACAUUGUGGAAGCUCAUGUGCGCGCCCAGCUCGUCAAGCCCCGUUACACAGAGGAAGGCGAGUAUAUCCCCCUGGAUCAGAUUGACAUGAACGUGGGCUAUGACAAAGGCACAGACCGCCUGUUCCUGGUUGCACCCCUUACUGUCAUACAUGAGAUUGAUGAAGAAAGUCCCCUGUUUGGCAUCAGUAAGCAAGAUCUGGAAACAUCUGAUUUUGAGAUCGUAAUUAUACUCGAAGGGCUGGUGGAAGCCACAGCCAUGACGACGCAGGCACGCAGCUCCUACCUGUCCUCUGAGAUCUUGUGGGGUCACCGCUUUGAGCCCGUCAUCUUUGAGGAGAAGAGCCAGUACAGGAUAGAUUAUGCCUAUUUUCACAAAACAUUUGAAGUUCCAUCCACUCCUAGAUGCAGUGCCAAGGAAAUGGAGGAGAGAAAAUUCCCAGCGUCUGGUGCCAACUCCUUCUGCUAUGAGAAUGAGCUGGCCUUCAUCAGCAGGGAUGAGGAGGAUGAGGGAGAGGUAGAGAAAGAGGAAGACAGGAAGUGUUCAACAGAGCUGGUGAAUGAGCCGACCACUCGUAGAGGUGAGCAAAUGUCCUCAGGUAGAGAAUCAGAGAUUUAACCUUUGGCUGUUGCUUGUUUUGCUUGUUUUUGAGUGCAGAGCAAUGCAGGUAUCAUGUGAAGAGCCCUGUGACUGUCACUCCACUGACAUGAGGACACCACUGACGACAUUACUGCUGCAGGUGCAGGAUCAGCUGUACUGAUCUCCAUCAUACAAGCAAGACUGAAACUCACAUUUCUCACUGGAUGAACUUUGCUUCCCUGAGAUGGUUACUGAGCUUUAUUGAAUGCAAACAAAAACUGUAACGUUUCAGUUUGCAGAUCUUAGAAAUAAAAUGCAUGACUAUAGCAUAGUUUUGUAUGGAUAUUUUGAGACAUGUUUGAUAAUUUUGAUGGGACUGUCUGUAGGUGCUGUUCACAGUCCUCCAAAAUAUGAUCUACAACUGAGUGUGGAGUGAAAUUGACACUUUGCAGAUGACGUUUAGAAAACUUGGGAAUAUUUCUCCAGACUCAUCUGGUACAAACAGAUGUGGAGAUCAACAGUGGAUUUACGUGAACAUUAAGACUCUAAAUAUUCUACAUUAUAUAAUGUCAGUGGCUGAUGUGCAUACAUUCAGUAUGGACUAGAUGUAACUAUGGGAGACACAUGAAAAGGUAGAAUUACAAACAUCCAUCACAAAACGGGAAAACACAUUUAUGCAUACUAACAGGGAAAACUAUCACUGUCUUUACAUUUCAGCCAUCAGGAAACCUUUGACCUGAGCAGUAGAGGAGUAUGUAAUUUCUUUAACAGUUUACUAGAAACUUUGUUGCUGGAGAGAAAGCAGAUCGAAUUUGCUAAGCCCUGCUUCCCUGUUACUUUCCCUGAAGUAACGCUGGAUUAGGUAUUACUAUAGGUAAAGCUAGCAAGCCGGACACUCUAAUGUUUGCAGCUUACGUUAGAGUCAAGAAACACACUGGUUAAUCCAUUCCUUACACAAUUGCUUUUGUACUUUUGGUUUUGGAGAGGGUUAAAAAAGAGACACCAACUUCCACAGAACAACAUUUGGAGAAAUCCAAAGCUUGACAGGCCUGCUGAGCAUUGUGACGUUUGCUAAGCUAUGAUUAUGCAGUUGCUGGAGAUAAGCGAAUGGUCAACGAAAAUUCACUUCAGUUCUUCUCAGAUGCAGUAUUUGUUCUGAACAGAAAGUCACAACUGUACACUAUAUUUCACAGAUGAGACCUUGUCUCUUUAUAAAUGUUGUGCUGCAGGUCAAAAAGAAAUCAUUAUGACCUGUAUGAAUCUAAAAAUUCAAAAUUACCAAAGACAAAUGACACACACCUCAAAGCUGAGCCCUGUCUGUGACCUCAGGACAUAAAAACAAAGCAAGAACAGGACAGUUUUACAGUAAAGUCUCACAUUUUAGUAUUUUGGAACGCCCCAACAGGCAAUAGAAGAGUCUAAUUUAAGUCAUCUGCAGUGAAACCCUGUCAUGUGCAUGACCCAUGGGAGACAAAGUGGAGUAAUAUCGUGUCACAUCACUGCUCUAUAUUGAGUUAAAAGCCCAAAGCCAAAAAAUGAAAUAGGGAAGCCCUGACACACAACACCAAACACAGUAUACACAGAUAUACAGUUUUACCAUUUCUUCAAACACCUGAAAACUGAUUUAAAGCCAACACAUCAAUGACUCUUGAAUGUUUUAGAUUUACACGGAACAUAUGUUUUGGUGCAUUUAUAUGGUCUGUAAUCACUUGUGCAAGAUAGAUAUUUUUGUGACUGAUCAGGAAGUCUUUAACCAGCUCUAACUCAGAUUUAGAUGCAGUAUCGUGCAAUGAUAAUGUCAUUAUAGCUAAACAGAUAAUACACUUAAUCUCAUGGAUUUCAAAAGGUAACAGAUUGUGAAAAAAUAAUUGGAAAAAUUGCAAAGUUGAGUUUGAGGAUUAUGUCACCAUGCAUGAUCUCAGAAAUCAGAAAUCAAACCAUACCCUGAGAAAAUUUGUUGGUAUAUUAUUAAACCAACAGUUGUGAAAAACAGCGGCCCAGCAGGCAUUCAGGAAACAUUUGCUUAAUUGUAAUCAUGUGUUUCGUACACACAUACACGGCUCUGAGGGAGGACCGUGAGUGCCCUAGUUUCACUCUGGUCUGCUCAUGCUGUGGCAGAUCACACACGUGGCAACACGUAAAUUAAUUUGCUGCUUGGUAAAGUUACUGGCCUCCAAAAAAACCUUGGCUAGAUGCACUUUAUAUUAUUAUAUAUUAUUAUUAAUAUGUUAAUUUGGUUCUAGUAUCGAGUUGAUGUUAUUUGUAACAGCUUUUGUUGUUUAUCCGUGCCCUUGCAGUGGCAUUAUUUUCUUUCUUUCAAAUAAUGUACAAGUAAUGAAGAUAUUAGGUCAGACUGUGUAACCACAGUUUCACUUAUCCCAGGUGAGAUGAAUUAGUUGUCCCUCCACAUUUCUCAAACUAAAAGCUCCACGAGGGUAAACUUAUACACCUUACUGCCAUUUCAGCAAAUUCUGACACAUUUGUAUUUAUAUCUUGCUGACUUGUGCUGAAAACAUCAGAAUAGGCUUGUUCCAGAAAACAAAUGGUGGUUCCAUUGCCAUUUGUGCCAAGAGCAGGGCCAAGGACUGCCUGUAUGUAUAACGAGAAGGAAGAACUCUAAUCUGUACGUUUAUCAGGCCAUUAUUGUAAAUAAAUUGUUUCUUUUCUUUUUUUUGGGAGGGGUUAUAAUCUUACUACACUAAGUGUUAAUACAUUGUUUAAAAGAUCAGUGUGAAUAUCAUAAGUUUCUUGAGCAAAAAAAAAAGAAAGUAGAAAUACUCCCUUUGCUUUAUUUGACUGAAAUGACAUAAUAACAUCUUCUGAAUUGAAUUACUUUGACCUCUUCUUGCUGUCUUCCACUAAAUGCAUUUGAAGCAAUCUUGACUUUAAGUCGCACCUUACUUUCUCCUUGCAGGGUUUAGUUUGUUGUGUGAGACAACAACUUAUAAAUUGACAGACAAGUGAUAAAAAAAAUCUCCUGUUGAUUACAACAAUAAAAUAUAUUUCAC